UCUAAAUUUUCCAUUACUUAGAACUGAUAGUCUACCAAGGUUAUCUGUUCAAAGCACAUUUGUUGACGUCAUGAUUAUCGUCUGCUAUUGAUAUAGAGAUUGUCUGCAGACGUGUUUAGAUUGUUAAAUCAAAUACAGCCUCGAAAUUUUCUCUUUUUAUUUAUUGAUCAAAGCACUUUGAAUCUGAGUUAAUUCAAACAAAAACAGAAUACAAGAUAAGCUUUUAACUAUCAAAGGAAUACCAAAUUAGCUUUAAUUAUCGCUAUUACAGGAUACCAGGUACAAAGAUGAUAGAUGUACCAUCAAAGCUUACUUGGUUAUUACUGCUGGUAGUCUUACCACAACUAGCUCUCGCAGGCCCUGUGCUAGAGAAGUCAGGUGACCUCCAGUCCAGUCACAGAGCGAGGCGGAACCUGAUCCAGUUGUGUGAGGUGCUGGACGCCUACACUCACAUCAACUGUUUGUCGAUCAACAACUACGGCUGUUUCUGUGGUUACGGCUCUGAGGGAGAUAACCCAGUAGACAGCGUGGACGCGUGCUGUAUGGUGCAUGACGCCUGCUACAGAAAUAUCAAUUGUAACUGGUUCGGAGACCCACAUGUGGUGACCUACUCUGUCAGUCUGGGGGAACGCUCCUGCAAGUGUACAGAUUCCCCAGCACUCUGGCCGUGUUCUUAUCAGACUUGUUCUUGUGAUGUCCAACUGGCCGAAUGUCUGUCCAAGGCCACCUACAAUACCACGUACAGGUCUUACGACCGUCAGCAGUGCAAGUAGUGCGUGGCAUCGGGCGCUCGGUGCCCUAGUUCAGUGAACAGAAAUGCACCAUACAUAUUGAAGACAUUACAUUUCUCGGAAUAUAAACUAUUUCAGCUCAUCGAAUGUGGCUAGAAUAAUCAUCCCAGCUUUAGUUUAUUUCUUAAUAAUAUCAUUGUCAUCAUUUAUAACCAAUGCUGAGUCUCUAUCCAAGGGCCUGCCUUAGGUAAAAGGAGGCCCUAUGCAAACUGAAUAGGGUGGCACCAAGUGAAAUAAAAGAAGAAAAAAAAAUAAGACCGAAAAAUACGCAACGAAGUAAAAACCAUUCCUGUAUCUAGUUCUAACUCAGCAAAUACGACAAAUUCACGUAGCACCGAUAGUAUCCACGGUCACCAUGGAUGAUUCAUGAUCACCACUUUAGAUUGCUAAAGUCUAGGUUAAAAAGAAACAAUAGUAAUUUAAUAGCCUAUACGUAGUCUAACAAGUUGAUCUAAACAUUGGUUAAUAAACCUUGAAUAAAAGUAGAGCCCUAGAGCUAGACUAGUAGACAGUCUAAGAUUCGAGACCCUUUCCCAAAUUCCCAACUUGCUUUAGGCCUAUAAUGACCGAAUAUCUAAUUACAUCUAGUACUGCUUUGGAGAACACAGUAUGAAGUAAACAAAAAUGAUUUAGACAUUCGAAGGGAAGUAAUCUCCAAUCUCCAAUCAAAGCUACGUAAUGCUUGCCAACUAUGCUACGGAAUCUGUGACCUCUUUGUUGACAUUUACAGACAUCGUAGCACCCCCGAAGAGGGCGCUCGACAACAGGAUGCACCCUUAGGGCGCCCAGUUCUGAGCUUUCCUCUUAGUACAUGCUACACAUGGGCGUAGCCAGGAUGCUACAAUCUAGUUUUAAUUCACCAGUGUAGCAAUUGUUUGGAAGAGAAGGGGAAACAACUAGGGGGUAGCUCUAUAUUCUUUUUUGUGUCUGUUCUUCCAAAAAUAGUUUGACAACAAUGAUAUGACACAGCUUACAGCCUAAACUCAUCUACAAGUUACUCAAGAAAUAGGACAAAAUUCAAAUAUGCUUAAUAAUCUUCAUGACGCUUUAUUCGACAAAUUUAAAUUCAAAUUUAAGAAACCAAUUUAUUAACACAUUACUGCAGUGGCACAAAUGGUUCAUUUUUAUAUUGAUAUAAUUGCAUCUAUACUUGUAUAGUGCAUAAAUUGUGUCAAUGAAAUAAAAUAGAAAAACAUACUAAUUAGUGAUUGUGUCGUUAAUAAACAUUACGACCCUUGA